AUGCCAGCAAGUUCGAAAAAGGCUCGGAAGAUUAAGCAGGACAGUUGCCGAGAUCGUAAACGUGCCGCCUCGAUCCAGAAUUGGCUCAAGAAGCCCUGGGUGAGGGAGCAUAUUCGGCGAGGAUUGGAUUUGGCCUUGAAGCAGACCCGCAACACCGUCGGAGCCCUGAGGAAGCGGCAGGCGGAGCUCCAGAAGGAGAACGCCAGCAAGGCUUUCGACCGGGUGAAAAGCAAUAGCGAGAAGCUGAACAGCUUGCUGGGCGAGGCUUGCGACGAGCGCGACGCUGCGAAGCGGGAGGCACGCGCCGCUCGAGCAGAGGGAAAACGGGGCGGUGAGGCGGCCGCUUGGAACGAGGCGAACAAGGAGCGCUGCGCCUUGCAGACUGCCCUCCAGAAGGCCAAGGAGAAGAACCGCUGCUUCUCCCUGGAGAGGGCCAGGUUCCUGACGAACGCCUCCAGGGCGCAGCGGGAGGCCUAUCACGAGCUCGCCAAGAG